AUGGCCAGUCCAGAGUUACCUCAGUAUAAGCUGCAAGCCGUUUCGGCGUCUGAACGCUCAGCUGGAGACGCAUUUAAGGUCACGGUGCAGCAGUCAGCUACUGUAAGAAGAAAGCAAAGCCACAGAAAAAAGAGUGUGUUUGUACAAAGCGAGUCCCAGGUUCCUCCAGUGCCGGUAAAGAUCCCAGUCUGUGAGCUGAGAGGAAUGGAAUUUGUCCUCAAACUGGUGGCAAAAACUCUCCAACUUCAUAGUGGAGUGAAGAGACUUCACACACUCACUGGAACUCCCGUUGUACAUCCAGCGGAUCUGAAGAGCGGCGAGUGUUAUGUUGCUGUUUGCAGCAGGGAGUUUAAACGUGAACCAUACGCCAAGCACUGGAAAACACCCUGCAAGGAGGAAUGUGUGCAUCCUCAUGGAGAUGUCCUGGUUCCUCCGGUGCACAUCAAGAUCCCCAAAUAUGUAAUGAAACGGCUGGAUGACGUAAUCACCAUGGUGGCGAGCAAACUGCAUCUUCGUGCUGGAGUGAGCAGACUUUACACUGUGGAUGGUCGUCCCAUUGAAGAUCCAAAGGACCUCAAGAGCCACAAACAUUAUGUUGCUGUGGGCAGGGGAGGAUUUAAACCCACCCCAUACCGCCCAGAAGAACCAGCAACCUGCAAGAAGAAAAGCAACGAAAGUGAAGCCGCCUCGCCUGCUUUUAGAACAACGCCUCAUGCACAAGACGUGAGUGAAGAUGAGCGAGAUGUGAAGAUUGCAGACGAGGGAGAGCUGAAAAAGAUUGACAUUCAGGAGGAACCCAAACAAAUAAUAAGAAGGAACACUUUCGUAGUUCCCCUCUCAGCAGUGGAGGAGACUGAACCUGAAACCAGCACCAACUCCAGUCAUGACAAAAGUGAGACACAGGAAGAUUCCCCUGAAGAACACACGCCCACCGAGAUCAGAAAACCAGAGAACAUCACAGCUAAACUCAUCACCAUCGUCAGGCAGGACAUAAGGGAGAAACAGCAAGAUUCCCCUGAAAAAGACAUGCCCACAAAGAUCAGAAAACCAGAGAUGAUUGGAGUUGAACCCAUCACCAUCUGCAGGCAGGACAUAAGGGAGAAAAAGCAAGAUUCCCCUGAAAAAGACACGCCCACCAAGAUCAGAAAACCAGAAAUGAUUGGAGUAGAACCCAUCACUAUCUCCAGGCAGGACAGACAGGAGAAACCAGAAGUUUACACUGAAAAAGACACGCCCAUUGAGAUCAGUAAACCAGACAAGAAGGUGGUUGAGCACUUCACUAUCUAUAGGCAGGACAGACGGGAGAAACCAGACGUUUACACUGAAAAAGAAACACCCAUCGAGAUCAGAAAACCAGUGGAGUACAGCGAGGUGAAGCUGCUCGGUAAAGGAGGAUACGGCUGCGUCUACGCCGGCUACUCAAAAGACAGGAAGGUCGCCACCAAACACAUCCCUUUGUCAUAUGUACAGUGGCUGAAAACGAAAAAGGACGGCAAAAAAGUACGUAUUCCCCUGGAGGCAGCCCUCAUGAUCAUGGCUGGAAGUGGACAUCGUCCUGCUGGGAGCGCUGCUGCCAUCUCCCUGCUGGACUGGUACGUCAAAGACGAUGAGCUGAUCUUGAUUAUGGAGAGACCAUCUCCCUGCUGUGACCUCGCUGACUAUGUUUCCAAGAAGAAAGGCCUUCUGAUGGAGAACGAGGCCAAAUGCAUCAUGCGCCAGUUGGUCCGUGGAGCUGCAGACCUUCAUGCAAAGGGUAUCUUUCAUCGGGACAUCAAGGAAGAAAAUACCCUGAUUGAGAUGACAAAGGGUUUCCCGCGAGUGAGGAUUAUCGACUUUGGAUGUGGCACAUUGGCAAAGACGGACUAUUACAGAGCUUUCAAAGGUACGCUCCUGACUGGCCCUCCAGAAUGUUUCCUCAAGCAGCGAUACAGGGCUGUUCCUUGCACCGUGUGGCAGCUGGGUGUGGUGCUGUACAGCCUCCUGGGAUCUGAACCAUUCACCACCGAAAAGUUCCUUCUGCAAAAACUGAACAUGGAACUGAAAGCAUCUCAAAACUGCCAGAAUUUCUUGGACAAAUGUCUGCGCAGAUGUCCGGAGGAGCGACCUGACUUUAAGCAGCUGAUGAUUCACCCCUGGCUCCAGUGA